UAAUCCUACAUUACCAAGGCUCGACGCUCACCAUGGAGCUCAUAACCUUAACCUUUUCCUUCUCUUUCUCUCUCUCUCGCUCGCUCGCUCGCUCGCUCGCUUGCUCGGCCACCUUCGUUCGACAGGCAUGGAGGGAUCGAGUCGUGAUCCUCAUGAACUCAUGCUGCUCUUCCACACGCAGGAAAGAGAUUUCUACUGCCGACUCGUUCGACAGUUGGACCAAAACCCGGAGCGGAUGAAGCAGGUGAUUGCACUGUGGUUAUGGUUUGAAUCCAUCGACCACUAUGAAUUCAUCCGGCGAGUGUCGUCCGACAACAGUGACGACGUCAUCCUCGGCUUCGUGGCCGAGGCCGAGGCCUGCCUCGACCGCCUCAUGGGCCAGCAUGAGCAGACGAGGGGCGACGAGCUGCCGCUGACCAGUUCCCUCAUGGCUGAGAAGAUGGACCUUCGGUUCUUCGAGUCCCACCGCGAUGAGGCCAUCAAAGGCGUCAGGCACAUCUUCAACAACGUCUGCCAGAUCAUAUUCGACGAUGUGCUCGUGGAGAGGGCGGCGGAGGCUGCCAACCACCCCGACGACCACCGCCUGCGCCCCAGCGGGCUGCACGAUAUCAGUCCACCGACGAGGGAGGGAAGCAGCCAAGGGGAAGGCGGUGCGUCUUCCGCGGGAGUGGCCAUGAGCCUACCGGCGCAGGCUCGCACUGUUCUGCCGCCGCGAGACUCCACGCUGAACCCGAUGGCCAGGCCGUGGUCGCCAGAAAGCAACCGGUCACCGAAGGACCUGCGAUCCAUGUUCAUCACCUUCUCCAGGGGGCACCCCAUCUCCAUACCGGACAUCGUCGAGUUCUUCAACGCGCGAUACGGGGUUUGUCUCGAGACGGUGAUGAUAGAGAGGGUGUCGCCGGGGCAGCAUCCGAUGUACGGCCGGCUGGUCUUCAGGAAUGCUUCAGCAAUAGCUAGGGUUCUGAACGGGCAGCCAACGGCCAAGUUCAUCAUCAACGGCAGGCAUCUGUGGGCGAGGAUGUACACGCCUCGCCGUGGCUAGGAUUUCCAGGCGACGAAGUAAGGGUAAUUAAUGCUUCCGAAUAAUAGAAAGAAACUCGGGGAGAAGCAUAUACAUUAGUCUCUCAAUCUAAAAUCAAGCGAAAACCAUUUUGCUCUGUAGCCACAAGUUCAAGAGGAGGGGGUGUUGAUUGUGAUGAUUUAUAUGUGACUGUCUACGUGAACAGCGCGUUAUGUUUGCAUGCAUGGCUUCAAAGAAUGCCUUAUAGCUUCGUCAA